AGGAGAGGCCGCGGCAGUGGCCGAGACGGAGGAGCGGAGCCUGGACAACUUCUUCGCCAAGCGGGACAAGAAGAAGGAGAAGGAGCGGAGCAGUCGGGCGGCGAGGGCCGCGGGCGCCAAGGGCAGUGCCGGCAGGAGCAGCGGAGAGGCGGGCGGCGGGGCCGCGGGCGCGGGAAGCAGCAGGCCGAGCGACCGCGGGGCAGCGGGCGCGGGCAGCGCGGGCCCCGGCGCCUCCACCAAGGCCGGGACGAAGGAUGAAGAUGAGUGGAAGGAAUUUGAGCAGAAAGAGGUUGAUUACAGCGGACUCCGAGUUCAGGCAAUGCAGAUAAGUGAGAAGGAAGAGGAAGAUAACGAGAAGAGAGAAGACCCUGGGGAUAACUGGGAAGAAGGGGGCGGCGGCGGAGGAGUAGAGAAGUCUUCAGGUCCCUGGAAUAAAACAGCUCCCGUGCAAGCGCCUCCUGCUCCAGUCGUGGUUACAGAACCCCCAGAACCGGCAAUGCCUAGUGGUGUGUAUAGGCCUCCCGGGGCCCGGUUAACCACUACCAGGAAAACGCCACAAGGACCACCCAAAAUAUACAGCGACACGCAGUUCCCGUCCCUGCAAUCCACUGCCAAGCACGUAGAAAGCCGGAACAGGUACUUAAAAUGAGUGCUACCUGGCGGUAAAUGAUCACAUAUGGCACAUCUACAUCUUAUAUAGGGACGUGAAUUCUUAAACGUAAAUAAAAUGGGGAAAAAUGUAAAUGACAUCAGAUGGAAAUUUUUUUUUUGAGUGGCUUUUAAGUAAAUCCCAGCCUUUGGCUUCAAGAGUGCCACUCGCUGGCUUGAACUGAGACCUGCACCUGGACCGCUCCACUGCUGUCCUGCGCGAGGCCCGCGAGGACGGUGACCCUUCCCUCGCCCGCAUCACCUCGUCUAACCCGACCCCGUCCCGCCAACCAGGAGGGAGGAGAAAUCAUCGAAUAAUGAGAACUUUACUUGAAUGAGAGAAUUGUUACCCUUCCUUACGCAUGGAGACAUUACCUACUAAUUGCUACAAGUACGAGCAAGUGCUCUGGAGGAAUGUCUUUUCAGCUGUCUUCAAGUUGACCCUAAAAUAGGCUUGCUGAGAAGACAGACCAGCUUGAGUGCAGUAUUAACCCGGUUCCUGUCCAAUCAAAGCCUUAAAGUGGUUUGAUGAAGAUUUUAUACUCUUCCUGUCCCUCCCAACCUUCUUCUAAGGGGUGACUUUUCUUUCCUCCUCUUUUUUUUUAAUUCAAGGAAGCUAUUUUCAAAAUACCCUAAUGAAGAAGAAAUGUUUGCUGUUUACAUUUCUUUUCCCUUAGGGAUAAAAAGAAAUGGUGAAGAGCUUUGAAGUACUAAGAGCUAGAGGUAGGGAUGAGGUUUCAAAGGACCAGGCCCUUACACCUGACCUAGACAGCCCAUGUGCUGUGCAGGAGGAGGAGCCCCCGCAGCUCCGGGCACUGUUAGGAAUGGCCUCGCUGGCCCUCCAUGCACCGCACCCCCUCUGCCUCCGUCAGCCUCGCACCACCCGGGGAGCUCCAGCAGCCGGCCCGGGACCACUCGCUAGCAGUUCAACGUGUCCCAUCUGCUCCUGGCCGCCGCUGGACUUAGAUUCUCCUUGGUCCGUAGAUGUGUGAACUAGAUCCAGCUCUGUUCUUUCACAACUGCUCCACAAAUACGAGAAACCAACCCCACAGCCCGUGGUCAUUGGGAAGUCCUGUUGCAUUCCAACGCUGAGCCUCCGCCAGGUUGACUACCUCAGACUCCCGGCCCUUCCUCUAGACAUCACUUGGAUCGCAGU